AAAGAGCUCUUUCUUAAAUUCGUGUUGACUUCAAAUCUAAAUUGCUCUGUUGAAGUAGGCCAGCGGGAACUUUUGAAACGUUGAUGAUUUCCAUCACCUUUUGGAAAGUUUCUGUUGGAUUCUUUCCACACUUCCUCUUCCAUUACAGAUUCCCAGGCACUUCAAGGGCUGUUCCUGGGAGCGGGGGCUGAGCAUACUCGCCUUUAAUGUUGGGAAUUUCCUUGGUUUCUGGCAUGGGGGGGGGGGGGUGGUGGCUGUCUGUGCUUCCAGCUGCGUGGGCCAUGUUGUAGAGAGGUGUCAGACUUACUCUGCUCAGUUAGUAGCUGAGCAUUCUCGGCCCUGUUUCACCACAGCUCUAGCUCCUGCUCCCAUCCUGUUUAACUGAGCUGCGGUUCGCCGGGCCCUGUGUGGCUUUUUGUCGAGGUGUUCACCGUAGGUCAGGCUUGUAGCUUGGGGGGCAGGCCCCAGUGUGCAGGUGUUGUGAGUGCAACAUUUCUCUCAGCCAUUGGUAUCACGAGAAGGAGGGCCGGCUUUACUGCAAGAGGGAUUACUGGGCUCGGUUUGGGGAGCUGUGCCAUGGCUGCUGUGAGCGGAUCACCAAAGGGCUGAUUAUGGUCGCCGGGGAACACAAGUAUCACCCUGAAUGUUUCACGUGUCUCAAGUGUGGAGCGUUCAUUGGAGAUGGCGACACCUAUGCUCUGGUAGAGCGCUCGAAACUCUACUGUGGUUGCUGCUACUAUCAUACAAUAGUCACACCCGUCAUUGAUCAGAUCCUUCCAGACUCACCCUGCGCUCGUAUUCCGCACACCGUUACCUUGGUUUCGAUCCCAGCCUCGACGGAGGGAAAGCGAGGCUUCUCUGUGUCCAUUGACCAGCCCUGCAGUCCCAGGAGCUGCUCCUCAGACCAUGGGCACACCGUACGGGUCAAAGAAGUUGAUACGGACUGUAUCAGUCCAGAUGUGAAAAACUCCAUUCACGUUGGUGAUAGGAUUUUGGAAAUCAAUGGAACACCGAUCAGGAAUGUGCCUCUAGAUGAGAUUGAUCUUCUGAUCCAGGAGACCAGUCGCUUGCUUAAGUUAACCAUAGAACAUGACCCACACGAUCCAAUGCUGGAGAAUCAAGUGGACACGAUCAAUCCAGUGUCUGACGUCUACAGUCCACAGAGAUCAGGUGCCCCAAAUGGAGAAGAUAGCACGGUCAAAAAACGUCCCAUCGUGAGAAGCUGUAGUAUUGAUAAAUCUCCCAGGGCAGGAUCACCUGUCUCCCAAAAGAAAGACUUGGGCCGCUCUGAGUCCCUGCGAAUUGGCGCCAAGACGCAUCGUAUCUUCCGUCCCUCGGACCUGAUCCACGGCGAAGUGCUGGGGAAGGGCUACUUUGGCCGGGCCAUUAAGGUGACGCAUCGAGAAACUGGAGAGGUCAUGGCAAUGAAGGAACUGAUCCGAUUUGAUGAGGAAACACAGAGGACCUUUUUGAAAGAGGUUAAGGUGAUGCGCUGUCUCGACCACCCGAACGUUCUCAGGUUUAUCGGUGUCCUUUAUAAAGACAAGAGGCUGAACUUCAUUACAGAGUACAUCAAAGGUGGAACACUGAGAAGCAUCAUCAAAGAUUUAGACACUCCAUUACCGUGGGAUCACCGAGUGAGCUUUGCCAGGGACAUUGCUGAGGGAAUGUCCUAUCUGCAUUCCAUGAACAUUAUCCACCGAGAUUUGAACUCCCAUAACUGUCUUGUGCGAGAGAAUAAAACAUUAGUAGUGGCAGAUUUUGGACUAUCUCGACUGAUGGUCGAUGAUAAGAAGCAGGAAAGCCAGUCCACCAUGAGGAAGCAGGACAGGAAGAAGCGCUACACCGUCGUGGGAAACCCUUACUGGAUGGCUCCAGAGAUGAUCAAUGGAAAAAGCUACGAUGAGAAAGUUGACAUCUUUUCAUUUGGGAUUGUGCUAUGUGAGCUUAUUGGUAGAGUGAAUGCAGACCCAGAUUACCUGCCCAGGACAACAGACUUUGGUCUGAAUGUCCCAGUGUUCUUAGACCGAUACUGUCCUGAGGAUUGUCCAACUGCCUUCUUUCCACUUGCGGUUAUGUGCUGUGACCUGGAUCCUGAGAAGAGGCCAUCCUUUACAAAGUUGGGGCAGUGGCUUCUAGCCCUGAAGCUGCAUGUGGAGAUGCACCUCCCACUCACCUCUGACCUGGAACAGAUCGAUCAGUCCUUCUUCCAGAAUCACUCGAGGAGCAAGGAGAACCUUCUGCAGCCCAUGUGAGGGGGGCUGCACCGAUCAGGAGGCUGAAUCAUCAGUGUUAAUCACCAGCAUGCUGAUGGUCAGCUGACCAACUUCACUUAGGCACACAUUUCACCUGCAUGCAGGGUACACAGCUGCUGUUUAUAAUCCUGCCGGGUGAUGCUUCAGCUUUUAACAUUUCACGGGACAGCAAAGCUCAGCCAUCCACAUUCAGCUGGACAUAGAACAUUGACAGUAAAUCAAAAAGUUGGCUGUUUCCACAGGGGAAUUCCUGGAGCUUUGGUGUCCAAGUCAGAUAUUCUACUCCUCAAGCACUCUGCAGUUAGUGUUGGUACAGAGUUCCUGUUCAAAUGCUGAUUAUAGAAAGAUUUGCUCUGGAGUAAUGAGUAAAAGGCCUUUUGGCACCGGUACUCACUCCCAGCAAGCACGGAUUUGCAGUAGAGAAAUGCCCCAAGCUUGGCAGUCUCCUUAACAAGAGGGGCCACAGGGUGGUUGGCGUAAGAACAGUAAGGUUGUCAUGAUGUACAGCACUGUCUGGACUGGGCAGAGUAAGAUGUUAACCUGCACUUGGUGUGCAUUCUGUGCCCGAGCUGGGACCAUAGCGCGUAUCUUGAGCGAAAGCAUUCCAUUUCAAGCACUACCACCCCUCAUCCUGAUGAGGACAAACUUAGAAACCAGCACUAAGCAUCCCAUAGAGUGAUAAUUCGGAAGCAAUUAAGGGGAGCUUUGGCAAUUACUAUUAUAAUUUAGAAAACUCAUGUAAUGAAUUGUUUGAAGAUUGUAAUUUGCCAUGUGACGCCCUACUACUUAAGAUUCAGGGUCUUUAAUGAGUCAAGUGGUCAGUAACUUGCUGAAAGGAGUUGUCUGAAUGCAAGUCCCAAAACAAUAACCACUACAAAUUUGGACACUCCAAGAUUUGAUUAUUUUCUCAGUGAGUUGCUUGCGUUGAUUAAGAUUGAGCCCCUCUGGAACUAACCCAUUUAGUUUCAACCUCCUUCACUUCCCCUGUUUCUACAUAGACUGGACAAUUUGUCUUUGAUCUCCUGUUCACAUUGACAUAACCACUGUUUUCAAGUCCAGUGCACCUUAUUAUUUUUCAGUCCACUUUAAACAUUCCAAUUAAAAACUGGAUUUAAUUUGCUUUUUUUUACAUUUUUGUUUUUGGAUCCUUGUGGUCCCUCAUUCAUUUUGUUUGCAUAUUUGACCAUUUUAUUAGUAUUAUUAAACUUUCCGCUUCAAGGAUCUGUUUUGGUCCUCUGUGCUUUAGUAACACAGCCAUUGUUAUUAAUCAACGAUGGAUUGCAAGAUGUCAGACUUUUCUGGGGUAAAAUGAAGUCUAUUAAGUUUCAAACCUGAGUUCUGGCUUGGAGCCUCUGGCAGAGCAAUACUGUACAAGUCUUCAAAUAUCUCCUAUUGGUAAUGCUUCUGAUUCCAGAAAUGGUGGCCAUCAGUGAUUACUUUUCAUCCUUGCAUGAGUGCAUUUUGAUCAACUUCCCAAAAGCCAUAAAUUUUGUUUUCUGUUCUUCAGCCUUGAUGGUUCUUGCCCUGUAAUUUGCAUAGUUCUUGCCCUGUAGUUUGCGUAGCUGUUGCUUUUUAGCUUCUAUUCAGGAUUGUAUUCAUUCUCCUUCUCUACCUUAGAUUAACAUCCACAUUAUGCUUGGCCUGAUUUCCAUGUUUUCAACCCACCUACCUUUCCCCCACCCUACACCACCCAUGUUCAUACCGUUUACUUUCAUAUCACAGCCCUUGUUUCGCACUGAUGAACAAAGGCAAAUUCUGAUCAGGCACAUACACUUGUCACAGACAGCAAGCUGCAUUUUAAAAACUGGUUGUUACAUCUCUCACCUCUCGGACCUGGCUGUCACCCACCCUGGAAUGAGACAAACCUCUCUGACCAGGUGUAUGUUUACCAGUAUAAUCCUGUGGUACACAACUGCUGUGAUUUAAAAAAUAAAUAAAUAAAUCUCACUCUUGGUGGCUAGAGCGGGAAUUCUCUUGAAAUUGGGCCAACUCACAAAGUGGGAAACUAUUUGAGGAUCUUUACGUAACCUGUGUUGUGUUUGACCUGAUAUGUGGAAGCUAACAGCUGGUUACUUUCCAAACAUAAACUUAUGAUGACUGUAUAUUCCCACUUGGCUGAGAUGGAAUCCAGUGAAGCUUUGGCUUUGAUUGUUCAGGUAAUGAAAUAGUUAACAGGAACAAAUCACUGAAAUAUUACUUACCAAUAACUAAAAUCAGAAGACUCUUCUACUCAGACCAUUGAGGAAAAGAAAAAAAACACACUGUUCUUAGUACCUUGCAUAACGCUUAAAUAUUUACUUGUGAGAAUAUUCAUUAUAAAAUCUUCACAUUCUGUCUCCACAACCAAACAGCACUGGGCAUUUUUUUUUAAAGUUCCAGUAAAAUCUGCAUGUAGGGAUGUUUUAUAAACAAGGCAGUUAAGAGACAACCACAGUAUGGGCUUAGCACUAGCCUAUUGACAGGUGCGAAGUUUGUAUUAGUUAAUGAGGUAAGAUUGUGGGCUUGACAUCUAUGUAGCAUUACUGGUGAGAUGGUCUCCAUUUCAGUGGGAGAAGAUAUAAAUCUCUGCCAACCAUUUCUUUGCUAAUAGACCAGUAUAUCAGAGAAGAAUUUGAAAAUUAGGAUUGGGAAUUCCAAGAAAUUGUUCUGUUCAAACAAUCGUCUCAAAGUUACGAAGGAUUUUUAAUGUUAGCCCUACAGGAGCUUCAUUGUAUACAUUAAGGAUUUUUUGCAUUUGACUGCUUUUCACUGUUUAAAACUAAUUAAAUAUUCCACUUACAAUUUAUCCAAAAACUGUGCCGAUUAUGGGGCAGCUCUAUCUUACAGAAUGUUACAUAUGGUACAGUAGAUUAUCUGGUACUGUAUGGUACAGAGCUAAGAUUUGAUGCUGGUCUUGUGCUGAGCCAGCUAGGGUAUUACAAUUGUCUUCUGUGGUCGACCUUUAGGAAUGGUGAGAGACUUGAUUCAUCUCGUGUGUUCCUGAUGUCCAUCUGGCUGCCCAUGCUUCAAACUGCUUUGUGUGGAUUCUGGUUGGUUGGAACAGGAUUAAACUCUUGGUUCAGUGCCAUCCAUGGGUUAGUUAGUUCCCUUACAAUCAUUGUCUCAAUCCCUCCAUGAAGGAUGGCAGCUUGGGCUGUUGCUAGAUCCACCCCCAGCAUUUUGGUGCCUUCAGUGGUCAAGGGAGAAACCCCUUUGAAUAUGGAACAAUGUUAUUUGCCAUAUGAUGCUAUCAAUUUUGUACUGAAACUUUACACUAUUGUUGAGGGCCACGCCCAGACAAGAGGAAUAUGCUAUUUAUAGAGUAAAAGAGAAUAAAUAAUAUUCAUUUUAAGUGUCAGUCUUAACUAAAUGAAACCUUUAAUCCUUGCCAUCAGAAUGUUUGAGACCAGGUGAACACGACUGUAAACCCUGCAAUGAAAACGCUGUAAGUCUCAUUACACAGAAUCGUUCUGUGCCUUGUUUAGUCAGAGCUGCCAAGGACCAGUGAUUGGCUUCUUAUUCAUGAGCUCAAAACCUGCAUUUCCUUAAAAUGUUUUAAUUUAUUGUUUCUGUGAAUUCGGUUAUUGUUCAUUUAAUUCUCAUGUUUAUGUUGUGAAAACUCAAGCUGUGAACAUGGUGCACUUUAAACACGGGAGGCUGAUGAUGACAGCAAGUCUGUAAAGUAUUAUAAUGGGGGAAAAUGGAAUAAAACCAGCUUCAU